AUGUUCGACGCAGCUGUCGACGGCUUCGAAAUUUGGCAUGUGAUGGACAAGAUCGUGCCUGCCUCGUACAAGGCCUGUAGCCAUUGCUACNNAGCCUGUAAUGGCGCACUACCACGAUGUGGUAAAUGCAACGACUCUCAGCUUGAUUGCGACAUCACAACCCGCGUCUUCUACUCGUAUGAAACUGUUAAGGACCUUGUCGACCAGAUCCAAGAUUUGGAAACGCGACUUGAAGCAUCGCAAUCACGUCCCCAACCCAGCGUCGAAUUUGAUGAUGCUCAUAGAUUCGAUGUCAAUGUUCAGCUACAGCAAUCGGGCCUUGCCUGGGAGAAUGAUCAGCAAAAAGUAGCUGUUGGUCUGGGACGAACGCUCUCCAUUCGGAACCAAGCUAUAGACGCCAAAUUUCCUCAGCACACUGCCGAAGACGACAUUCAACCAGUAUCCGCUAUUGCAAACUCGGCACACGCAAGAUCCGGCGUGGGUCCAGCAGUUCACCUGAUCAAGCUGUGGGCCAUUUCUGGAGACAUUCUCGAGUCAGUUUACAUUGCCCGGCCAGCGACGUCGCUCUCUCCAGCAAUCCUACAACGUCUGGUGGUCAGCUUACGCCAGAGGCUGAGCCAGUGGCGAGGAUCGCUUGAGGAGUACUCUGCAUUACAAGACUCUGUUUACCUCCACAUGAAAGUCCAAUACGCCAUCGUUGUCAUGAUGUUGAAUCGCCCUUCGCCCAGUUUCCCGAUUCCGGACCAAGAAAUGGUGGCUUCUUGUCAUGAAGCUGCCAAAUCUGCAGCAGAGAUCUGGGCUCUGCUGCGGGACCGAAACAUGAUCUUUCGGGACUGGAAGACCUUCCAUGAUGUGCUGAUGACUGGACUAACAUGGCUGUACACAUGCUGGUGA